GUAUCGUUGUGCCAUUUGAACACACCAAAUGUGUAUAAUGUCAAAUUGUUCCGCUCUGGAAAUUUUCCAACUACAAGAAAUGUAAAUAAUACACAAAAGACAUACAAAUGAUGUGUAUGCUUGAAUUUUUCCCAGUGAAAAUAUGUCUUAUGCGCAUAAUACGGGCAAUUGCUUGAAAACGUAUACAGACGAAUCGGCCACUCAUAAUAACAUCGAAAAUUGAAAGGACACUGUGAGAAAACGAACAAUCGUCGGAAAAGUACGAAUUGAAAUUCGGUUGAAUCAAGUGUAAAAUUUAAUGUGAAUUCAGUUUUUUUGUAAAUGAUCGUUUAUAAUGUGUGAAAAUUGUGAAAUAUUAACAAACGAGAACGAAUUGAAUUUUUGAUGCCUUAAAAACAUGUGAACGCAUCCAAAUGACUGCAAUUUUAUGACGAAAUGAAGUUUCAAUGACAUGAAAUGAAGUGAAUUGUGUGUAUUUAAUUGAGAAACAACGAGGAAUAGGCGCGUUGGCUGUUUAUUUAACGACGCGGGUGAGAGCACGAGAAUAGCCAGUGUUGUGUUUCAGCAAGUCGUCAAAUAAGAACAUACAGUACAUACAUUGUCGCUGUACCGUAUGCCAUGCAUUAAAAGUUGAUUGAAGUGAGAACUGUAGAGAAUCUACGUCAAAGCGAAUACGAGAUCAUUAUACUGGUAAUUGUCUUGACAACGACGACGAUAUCAUCAUAAAUGAAAAAAAAACCAAGAGCAAUGAAACUUAAAGCGAAUCCAAUUGAUUUAGUUUAAGCUGGCACGCUGUCCGAAUGGUACUUUUGUGAAAACACGACUCAGACAGAGCAACAGUAUUUGAUAAAAGUUUGAGGCAACGUUUUCUUCUUCUUCUUUACUAAAACUAAUGGAAAACACAACCAGAUGUUAAGUUACCGAAAACAAACAGACUUUUCAUUCAACACUCGACUUUAAAUGUAUUGGUUUGCAUACAGUUAUAUCUAUGUGUUUCAUUGAAAUGUGAAUUCCCGAGCUGCUCCAGUGUGUUAGACAGAACGGAUUUGCGAUUUUGUCUCGAUUCUAUGUGGUGUAAAUGCUUUACGAGCUUCAGUGCGGCGUAACAAGUUGUCAGCGUUCAGUUAGUGAUUGAAAGUCGACCAAUUCAUAAGUGAAUCAAUGAAGUGUAACGAAAUGCCCGUUAAAUUUGCUAUCGAGAUUUUGAAUUUGUCGAAAAAUUUCGUUUCUUUCAAAAUUCACAUACGCGUCGUUGUACAACAUUUUUCGGAACUUCGACUAUUGCAUUGCAAUACGUAAAAAUAGAAUCGACGUGAAAGCGAAUAGAUCAUUAUACUGAGUAAUAUUUUUUUAUAAGAAAGAAAAGGAAAAAUAUAACAAAAGGUGUCCAAAAAAAAAACGUCGGCCCAUAAUCCGAAAACAUAUGAAUUACAUUUUGUUUACGCACGCAAAUAAGUAUUAACGUUUUAUUUUGUGUCAAACAAUUGGAUUGAGCUGUUCAAAGCCGUUUCGCAGACAACAAACAGACAGAUAAACAAAAAAAGACAACAAUCCUGUGUUGACAAUACAUUCAUCAAAAAUGUAAAUGUUCAUUUCGGCGGAUUCUUAUCUGUGACAAUCAUCGCGGUCAAUUUGUUCUUCGGUUCAUAAGCCCGUCAAUUACAAGUGUAAUUUACGUUCAGCUGAUGAAACAUAUUGAACAUGAUUCGGAGUUAAUCACCAAGAACCAAACCAAAAAAAAAGUUAGUUAUUCAAAACAAACAGACCGUUUAAUCGAAGCGUAUCCACUUAAUCGUCGCCCGAUAUUCGUCACAAUAGCCACAUUUUCGGACUUUUAGCAAAUAGCACCGUCGUGAAAACUGAAUAAAGACAACCUAGUGAUACAUUUUAUUUAUGUGCAGAUUACAACGAAAUAUUCCGUUUGAUUCCGUGAUACGGUGGUGACGUGUGGAAAGCGAAGCAAAACCGAAGAAAGAGAAGAAAAAAAAACAUUUAAGAAAAACAGAAUCAGCAAUUUGUUGGUUUGUGAUUUUCAAACGAUGACAGUGCAUUGACUGCAACAUUAAAAAUAAAACGGAGAAAAUAAGUGAGGCGCGACAACAAAGGAAUCAAAAUAAGUGUUAACGGAAUAGGGAAUAUUCCCAAAGGAACAACGGAUACAUCACACCUCAAACAAUUGAACCACACACGAACCAAGAUUAUUCAACAUAUGGAGUUUUACCGAGUGAACAUGGCAUCGACAACAUAUUUCGAAAUUUUUGUGAUAUGCAUGAUACUGUUGCUACCAUUUCUUUACGAAACCAGCCAUGUAUUUCGAUACUACUUCAAAUUCGGCGUAUACUAUUCCAUGGUAUCGAUUAAUUCAAUCAUACUUAUACCGCCCAUGCUGUUUCGUCCGUGUGAUGUUAAAAAUUUAUUAUUAGCUAGUUCGUUUUGCCAUCACAUAUCAACUGUGUUGGGCCUGAAAUGGGAGCUGCGCGGCAAAGUGCACUUGGAAAAGGAGCAAGCAUGUAUCAUUGUGGCUAAUCAUCAAAGUUCAUUGGACAUUUUGGGAAUGUUUGAUAUUUGGCCCGUUAUGAAUAAGUGCACAGUGGUGGCAAAGCGUGAGCUAUUUUUUGCAUGGCCCUUUGGAUUGGCUGCUUGGCUGUGCGGUUUGAUUUUCAUCAAUCGGAUGCAGUCCGAUUUGGCUCGUGAUCAUCUCAACAAAGCUUCAACCAACCUCAAGAAUAAAAAGAUCAAAUUAUGGAUAUUCCCAGAAGGGACACGUCGAAACACCGGCCAAUUGCAUCCAUUCAAGAAGGGAGCAUUCCAUGUUGCUAUCGACGCGCAAAUACCAAUUCUACCAGUCGUCUUCAGUUCGUAUCAAACAUUUUUGGACGAUAAGAAUAAGCAUUUAAAUAGCGGUCACAUAAUCAUCACCACAUUACCACCGAUCCCAACCGCUGGAUUAACUAAAAUCGAUUUGGAUCAAUUGAUCCAAAAAACCUACGACACAAUGAAUAACGUGUAUCAAUUGACGUCGAAAGAGGUGGUCGAAGAGCUCGAAUCUACCGAACGAUCGUUGAAAAAGAAAUCAUCAUUUGUGACCAGAGCAAUGAAUACGGCUUCAACGUUUGCCAGCAACAUACGUAGUGACAGUAUCAACAGUAGUCGACAUUGUGUCAUCGAUGACGAUACCAAUGAGUUCAGUCAUCAAUAUACAACAAUUAUACAGAAGCAUAAUCACAGAGUGACAUCGCCACCAACGGCUAACUAGAAUGAAUUCCAGAAAUCCGUCUAUUUCUCUCCUAUUGUUUAAUUUGGUCAAUAUUUUUCAGUCAGUGACUGGCAUUUUGGUAUGGAAAGAAAACAAAAAAAUGGGAACUACUAGGGAAAUUUUGUAUUAUGUCGAUAUGUUUAUAUGUUUCGAUAUUUAUUAUAUACCGAAUUCGGUAUUUCACCAUUAUGGAAAAUGGUAAAUGGAAUGGGAACUGAUUUCUCAGUCGAUGGACUUUUUUUUACACGAAUCGCUUUUUCUUAACUCAUUUAGCUCUUCUUUCUUGAACUGAAACAAUUUGCACUCACAGAAACCAAAGAUACAAUGAAUAUGCUUUUAGGGCAAUAUUUUGGUAUAUCGAUAAAUGUUCACACACACUCUCUAAAUGAACUUGAAACAUAAUUGUAGCAUAUAACUGGAUUAGAAUGCUGGCCAUAUUCAUUACACAUUGAAACGUACUGUAGAUAUCAAUGAUAUAGUAUAAAUACCUAUUCAUUGUCACAUCCUCUCUUAUCACUUCAGACAGAGUUUCAGCCAUAGCACAAGUUCAUGAAGAAUGGAAUUUGUUGGAUAGACAAAGCGAUCAACAUUCACUUUAUUACCAAAUUCUUAGAUUUUAAGUGACAACUAAGUUGUCACAACUUUUUUUAUGUAUGAAUAAUCAACUUCAGCUUAGUUUUUUCUUGUCUCUCUCCUAUAUGAGUAAUUAUGGGUUUUUUCCAUUUUUUACAUGAAACUUUAUUAAAUAAAAAAAAAUAAUGAUAAAACACAUACGGUUAUAAUCCAUACAAAUCAAAAAUUAUCAAUGAAUUUACCAUUCAAUCAACAAACACCAAUUUGAUGAGAGAAAACAAAUAUUUAGUAUUUAAGUGUAUACAAAGAAGAAAUUUUCAUUGGGAUUAUCUAAAAAAAUUGACCUUUUCAACACCAAUUCGCUUCAUUCCAAUAUAAAAUUCUGCAAUUGACUUUUCGACCAAAUACUUUCAGAUCAAAUGAAUUCGUCUACUAUUCUGUUCAAUACCUUUCAUUCUUUUUACUUCGUCAAAAUACCAACCAUUGUUAGAAACUUUGAACCAUUGCAAAAGAAUUCUUUUUCGCAUUUAACACAAUUCACAUGGUUAGGUAUAUCAAUGUCUGGACCUAUCCCAAUAAAAUAAUGAUUGAUGUUCAUUAUUUAUCAAUGAAAAUACCGAAAAAAAAAGUUUACUACAGAUUCGUAGGAAACAUCAAACUAUUGGCCAACUGUAUUUACGUUGUUAUGCAUACCAUUUAAUUUUGUUUAUUUGCACGAAUUUAACGCAACCGAAAACUCUUUUAUGAACUUUUUUUUAAAAAGAAAACAAAAAAGACUGCGUAAAGAAUGGUUUAUGUUGUAAAGGUAUUCUUAGCAAUAGAAAUUAUCGUUGCACAUGCUGUCGUUUAUCGUUGUAUAACAGGCAAAAUUCACCAUGUAACAAUUCGCUGUGGAUAUUUUGUAAGAUAAAAGUAUUUGCGCAAAGACAAGAGCUGUUGCUAAGUAUACGCUUAUCGCCGAAAAAAAAAUCCGAUAAAAAUCCAAACACAGAAAUGUUGUGUUCCAUCAAAUCAACAGCUUUUAGUGUAAUUCGUUCAGCAAAAAUUAUGGCGAGGGAUCUCAUACGAUAGACACGAAUUAUAUUGAAGAAAAAAAUGGAAAAACCAAAAUUCAAUGUAAAAUAUAUUCUCUUCUAAAUAAACAUAA